GACAGCAGGAGGCUGGAAGAAAGGACAGAAGUGGUUCUGGCUGUGAUGGAGCUCUUACUGGGCCUACUGCUCCUGCGCCACCUACUGGUGGUCACCUAUGGCCAUCCCAUCCUGAAAGUGCCUGAGAGUGUGACAGGGCCUUGGAAAGGGGAUGUAAAUAUUCCCUGCACCUAUGGUCCUCUGCAAGGCUAUACACAAGUCUUGGUAAAGUGGCUGGUAGAACGUGGCUCAGACCCAGUCACCAUCUUUUUACGUGACGCUUCUGGAGACCAUAUCCAGCAAGCAAAGUACCGGGGCCGCCUGCAUGUAAACGACAAGGUUCCAGGAGAUGUGUCCCUCCAACUGAAUACCCUGGAGAUGGAUGACCGGAGCCACUACACAUGUGAAGUCACUUGGCAGACCCCUAAUGGCAAGCAAGUCGUGAGAGAUAAGAUCAUUGAACUCCUUGUCCAGAAACUUUCUGUUUCCAAGCCCACAGUGACGACUGGCAGUGGCUAUGGCUUCAUGGUACCCCAGGGAAUGAGAAUUAGCCUUCAAUGCCAGGCUCGGGGUUCUCCUCCCAUCAGUUAUGUUUGGUACAAGGAACAGACUAACAACCAAGAACCCAUCAAAGUAGGAGUCUUGAGUACCUUACUCUUCAAGCCUGCAGUGGUGACAGACUCAGGCUCCUAUUUCUGUACUGCCAAGGGCCGGAUAGGCUCUGAGCAGCACAGUGACACUGUGAAGUUUGUGGUCAAAGAUUCCUCAAAGCCACUCGAGACCAAGACUAAGGCACCUCCAACCAUGCAAUCCCCCUUCGAAGCAACAUCCACAGUGAACUCAUCCCAGGGCUGGAUCACUGAAGUGGAUGGCUACGUUGGAAAGACAAGUGCUGGGCCAGGAAAUGGUCUGCCUAUCUUUGCCAUAAUUCUCAUCAUCUCCUUCUGCUGUAUUGUGGUCACCACAGUGACUUAUAUCAUGGUCUGCCGGAAGACAUCCCAACAGGAGCAUGUCUGUGAAGUGGUCAGGGUGCAUGCCGGGGAGGCCAGUGACUCUGGUGAAACCAUGAGGGUGGCCAUCUUCACAAGUGGCUGCUCCAGUGAAGAGCCAGCUUCCCAGACACUGGACAACGACUACUCUGAUGAACCUUGCCUGGGCCAGGAGUACCAGAUCAUCGCCCAGAUCAACGGUGACUAUGCUCGCCUGCUGCACACGGUUCCCCCAGAUUAUGAGCUUCUGGUCACCAAGGGCAAGAGCAGCUGCUAAAAAUGUCCUACUGGGCCAAAGUCUGUUGACAUAAUUGCCUAUUCAUCCCUGGCAUUCUGCAUGGCCCCUUUCCCUGCUAUCUUUAUUCCUGGAUAGUCCAAAGUGUCUUCCUUGCCAACACUGGGGUUGCUAAGAGUGAAUGGCUUUGCCUAAGAAGUUACCAUAUGCACCUCAAGCAAGCCUGCUGCUGGAUCAUGCCUUAGUGUCCCUGCCUGGAGUUUCCAUUGCUUCACUCCAAACACCAGAGGGAAGUGCCUAUAGCACUAGGACUUGGUCAUCAUGCAUCCAGACACCAGUCAACUUUGGCCUCUUACCACUGAAUGACCAGAGGGAGGCUCAGCUCUGGCAGCUCAGGGAACCAGUUAGGUUUAGGAUCACUUCCUUUUCUCUAGUGCCAGAUAGCUUUUAAUUGAGAUUGUCAUGUAAGAG